GCGAACCAAUAACAAAAGGUGUGGAGGAAGCCUACGCCUGUCUGACAAGUUCGGUUGUUUAAGUUGAUGAUGUGUUCUUACGGGGAAUAAGAGAGGCAUUUAAAAAACAGCGUACCCGUCUUAUAAUAAGUGUACAAUGAUGAGGAAGUAUCAGUUACAUUGAUUAAGGAAGAACAUGCAACAUUGAAGUCUGCAAAAUGCCAGCUGUAUUCCCUGAGACAGGUCAAGGUCAUGCUUGAUGGCAGUUUUGGUGUUGCGAUGCGCUGGUGUCCGGGUCUUCUGUGGCUGGACCCCACUGCUCUGUCUGCUGGUAGGCACAUUUCUGGCGUUGCUGCUGCCCUUGGCUGGGGUGGAGGAGAAAUGCCGAGCCACCAUGAGGGGAUUGGCACUCCUCAGAUGCCACCUUUGGGGAAGUGGUAUGCAUUCCACUGCUCAUUCCACCAGCCUCACUGUUCCCUACACUGAGAUCGACAUCCUUUCAUAUAAGCCCAAACCCAAUGCAGAGGAUGUUUUGGAAGCCAAAGCAGCUCUCCACCAGGCACUGGAAAUGAAGCGGCUGGGAAAGCGGGAGAAAGCCCACAAGCUCCUGCUGCAUUCGCUCAACAUGAACCCGGACUUUGUGGAUGCCCUGACGGAGCUGGGCAUCAUCCUGGAAGAGGAGAAAGACGUGAUCCAGGCAGACCACCUCUAUUCCAAGGCGCUGGCUAUCUCUCCCUGCAAUGAGAGGGCGCUGGUGAACCGGGACCGCACGCAGCCCCUCGUAGAAGAGAUCGACCAGAGAUUCUUCAGCAUCAUCAACAGCAAGGUGCGCAAGCUGAUGUCCAUUCCCAAAGGGAACUCGGCGCUGCGGAGGGUGAUGGAGGAGACUUAUUACCACCACAUUUACCACACCGUGGCCAUUGAGGGGAACACGCUGACGCUGUCGGAGAUCCGUCACAUCAUCGAGACGCAAUACGCUGUGCCUGGGAAGAGCCUGCUCGAGCAGAACGAAGUGAUCGGGGUGGACGCUGCCAUGAAGUACCUCAACACCACCCUCCUGUCCAGGGUCGGGUCUGUCAUCAUCACAGACAUCCUGGAGAUCCAUCGCAGGGUGCUGGGCUACGUGGAUCCCGUAGAAGCUGGCAGGGUUAGGACCAGCCAGGUGUUCGUGGGGCACCACAUUCCUCCUCACCCCCAGGACUUGGACAAGCACUUGCAGGAGCUGGUUCAGUGGUUGAACUCUGAAGAUGCCAUGAACCUGCACCCUGUGGAGUUCUCUGCCUUGGCUCACUACAAGCUGGUCUACAUCCACCCUUUCGUGGACGGCAACGGGCGCACCUCACGCCUUCUGAUGAACCUCAUCCUCAUGCAGGCCAGGUACCCGCCCAUCACCAUCCGCAAGGAGCAGCGGGCAGAGUACUACAACGCCCUGGACAUGGCCAACGAAGGGGACGUGCGUCCUUUCAUUCGCUUCAUCGCCAAGUGCACAGAGAUGACCCUCGACACUUUACUCAUCGCCACCACUGAGCAUUCUGUGGGCCUGCCUGAUGACAGCAACGCUUGCUCAGACUGCAAGCAGACAAUACCAGUCAUGAACUGAAACUGAGUGGGGGGGGGGGAUCCAAAAUGUAGUAAAAGAGUUUGACCAAAACUCAAGUUUGGGCAGACAGCAGGCAAGUGGGUUGAUUUUCUUAAUGGGAUUCGUAUUAUUUCACAGAAAACAACACAUUGUCUUCCAAGCAGGAUAGAGCAUGAAAAAGAUUGCCUACUUCUUGUGAUUUGACUAUUUGGCAGUUUGUAUAACAAAUAUCGUAAUCUACACUGUGCCAAAUUGUCACAAAGUCGCAAAAUAGAAAAUUGUUGUUUUGCACUUAUGACACUUUAGGAAUUGAAGCAGUGGUCAUGCUUUAUAUUAACUGGGUGUUAAUAUCCAGAAAGCACUUCUACUUCUAAAUGUUAUGCCAAGGUAAUAAAACAGUAUUUCGCCAUGCUGUUGAUUACAGACCAAUUAUUGGGUAACCAAGAAAAUAAAUGUUUAUUCCAGUUAAAGGCAACACUAAAAGCUGUUUGUGGCAUAUAAGAUUUUCAAAAUGAUAGUUGGUGAUACAUCACCAGUUUUAUCAGUCAAGCAGGGUGUAUCCAGAUUGAAUAAAAACCUGGCCAUGCUUGGGUUUGGAUCACACAAUUACUGAAGCAAAACAGGUUUCAUUUAAGGAUAGAGAAACUGGAAUCCAAGUGAAAGACAUUGAAAAAUGUUACAUUUAUAGUGUUUUCAGGUGCCAAACCUGUAUGAACAGUACACAGUGGCUGGAGUGCAAAUGGCAUUGGAUCAUGGGAGUGCUGGUGUUACUAACAGAAUGGAGUGCCGUAGCUCUCUCGUUUGAGCAGUGUGGUGGUGUUGCUGUGCGAUUGCACACAAUGACCACAGGUGAUGUCGUGGGGAGCUCCUGCAUGCAUUCCACCUGCGGGGACAGCAUUUCAGCUUAACACAUGUAUAUUUAUAUAGCUUUAUUUAUUUCUUGUUGGAAAAUCUUAUAUGAAAUGAGAAUCAGAUUAUUAUUUGGCCUGUGUAGAAAGAGUACACUCCAUCUUCCUGCUAGUGUGUUUUAUUUAAAUUGAAAUUCCAAGUUAAUAUACUGAUGGUACUGUAUUUAUAAAGGGUGUAAAAUGGAAUCAUUUAUUGAACAGGUUGUACCUGCAGAUUGCACAGUCCUGGCACCACAUCACACAAAUGUCCCUACAGCGACAUUGAAAAAUUCUGUGAAUCCCUGUCUGAAAAGCCAAAAGCAAAGGUUAAGUUACAAAUAAAAAUGCAUCUAUUGUGACUGUUAAGCUUGUAAGGUCUGUCAAAUAUAUGGAACGGGGAGGAAACAUUUUUUUCUUAUAAAUUGUCAUAUUUACUAUUUAUUAUUAUUAAUCUGGGCAUCAGUGUCUGUAUUGUACUUUACAGCAAAUGUUGGGUGUCUAGCUUUAUUUAUUAACAAAUGGAGGAAAAAGAUAAAAACAGUUUUUACUGUUACAACCUCAACAUGCUUGCUUACCCUCCAGGUCAAUGUUCAAUUAAAAAAAAUAUGGGAACUUAAGUUGUUCUUCCUUCGUUACAGACUACACUGCUUCUGUAAUAAGUGUAUGGAAUAAUAGUUUAUUUAACAAAACAACUUUGUAGUAUACCCUAUACCUGGUGCAUUACUUUUUGUAAGGUGUCAUUUCCUCCAGUAUCUUUCUCUGUUAAAUUGCCCAGAAUAUGACAAUAAAUAUAGUGUGCAGUGCAGUCAGUAGCACCUAGUGAAGUGAAUUUGUUUUUUUAUUGUUCUUCAGUUUUCUUGCACAAGUGUUAUGGAGCAUCAUCUAGCUUUACUAAAAGACGUAGAGUACUGCACUGAAGCACAGUGCACAUAAAGGUUGCUGUAUCUUUAACUGCAACCAGCUUUGGAUCUGGAAGAGUCAUGACUCGACUAAAAGAGGUAGUGUGAGCGUUGUGGGUUACCUUGCCUGGUAGGACAAUCGUGAUUUGAACUUUGUAUGAAGUACAAAAUAAAAAAACUAUUUUACAAACCCUGUGUUUGUUUUCCUGUGGACACCUUUACAAUGGAACUGGGAUCAGUUGAUUUUGCACCAGCUGCUUAUCAGCAAUUACAUGGUAAAGGUGGGUAACGCAUAAUCUAUAAUACUAAGAAUAAGACUGUCAGGGGAAAUACAAUUGCUUAUUGGUUAAAGAGGCACUGGGCCAGUAUGCUAAGCAACUGAAAUAUAAAAUCAGGAAGACACAUCUACAGAGCUUAACAACAGAUUUCAACAGAUUUCAAACACAGGGCAUGAUUAUGGUCUUCAUUUUUUAUACAUUUCACAUCAUGAAAAGUAAAUAAGUGAAAAGGGGGAGGAGGGGAGUUACACACUUAAAAAUGGUCCAUGUACACCAGUUGGCACAUUUAAAAAAGAAAAAAAAAAGCUAAAUAAAUUCAUAAUUAGGUUGCC